CUUUUUAUGCUCACUUCACUCCUCUAAGUCUAGAUCUAGAUCUAGAUAUCUAGACUAAUAGUAGCAGAAACAGCAACUUUGUCUAAAAUCAUAGAAAACAAAAAAAUCAUAAAUGGCAUCAUUUUGUGCUCACCAAAGAUUUUUAUAUAGCUUCAAACAUAUUGAAUAAGCUUUUUAGUGGGUGACGCUUUCCAUGUAGAUAUCCAACAGUCAUGGAUUGUGGUAUUGUUAGUGGCUUAUGGGCAAACAAUGAAGACCAUUCUCCUUCAAAAGAUAAUGAAUUUCAAAUAUUCAAAUUGCUUCAACAUCAGUUGAUGGAAAAUAAUGCACUGUAUUGUGAUCAAUCACAAGAAAUCCAACCAAGAUUGGCAACAGUGUUAUUAAGUUUUAUCAAUGAAAGCAUCUUUAACACUGAACACAAUAAAUCAGGAAACCAGAGAGAAAUGCUUGAAACUUUUCUUAACCAACUUGUUGUCUAUGGAAAAGUAGCAGAGGAAGAUUUAAAUAGAAAAAAUAAAAUGGAGCUAAGUUUACCUAGCAUGUGUCUGACUGGAAAAGACAUAAACCACAAUCAAGUGCUCCAAACUGAAUUCAGUUCAUUGGAAGUAAAAGAGGCUUUAAGUCCAAUUGAAAAGGAUGAAUCAUGGGACCUUUUUCUGAGAUGUCAAAGACAGUGCAGUAAUUUGAUCGAUUCUCUUAAAUUUCAGCUUAAGCAAGAAGAGAUAGACUCUUUAAGACUAUACAGUGCAGAAAUGAUGAAAUGUUUGAGAAGGCAUAGAGCUCUGGAGUAUGCUAGUCUGGCUACACCUCAAGGGGAAGAUACUCAAACAAACCAAGAUUUGAACAGGAUUUUUAGAGAUACUUAUGCAUUAUGUACAACGGAAAGCUCUAACACAGUAAUCACUGCAAAGCUCCGUUUUUUGAACAACACUCUUAAAGAAGUGGGCUGGAGCUUUGAAAAACAACCUCCUUGUUGUUUAAAAAUAAACAAUGGAAAACAGAAAGAAAAAGCCACAAAAGAAUUUGAGCUGCAUGUCAGAGUGUAUGGAGUUUCAGACUUUCAACUUACAGAACCCCCAAAAGUUUCCUUGAUUUCAGAAAAAAAAUUUGAACAGCUUGAGAAAGAAGAAUUACUUCCCCUGCUGGAGCAUAACGUGGAUGAUGGAGGGCUGGUGAAAUUAAAAGUGGCUAUAAAGAACUAUAAGCGUUGCAAGGAGAGAAGUAAUUACACUGACUUCGAGCACUUUAACAGAAUAAUCAUCACAUUGAAUCUGAAGACUUAUGGAAAUCUUGAAAUCAAGUGCCUUUCCCUUCCCUUCACUGUUAUAACUGGAAGUAACCAAAGAUGGCCGUACACAGGAGCUGUUGACUGGUAUUGUUGGAUCCAGAAAGACCUGUACAGUAAACCUUUCAAGUGCCCCAAUGAGAUGAGCAUUAACCAGGUGCUGUCCAUGCUACAAGCAAAACUGAAACACAUUGACCCAGAGCUCUGUUUCAAUGAAAGAAAUAUUGUGGCACUUCAAACAAUGUUGACUUCACUAAAAAAGAGUGAGAACAAGAGUGAGAAGAUUGAUAUGUACACAUUGCUGCAGCAAAAAAUGCCCAUGCAAGCAAGGUCAACAAGUGGCCAGCACAAAUUCUCUUUCUAUACAUGGCUAGUGGCAGCAUUCAAUACCCUUUCAUUGUACAAAUGUUAUGUGAAAGAAGGAGUUCUAUGGAGUUUCCUGAGCUUUAGUGAAAGUAAAAGUUUACUGGAAGGAAAACCUACUGGCACUACUAUUGCUAGAAUCUCAAACAACUCAAUUGAAAAAGAAGAUUCCAAAACACCUUAUGCAUUGAUUACAGUUCACACUCAACAGCAAAAUUCAGUUAUUACUAACUCGGAGAAAGUUUCUGAAGUGAAAGAUCUUUACACUCAUCUGUUGCGUCUGAAGGAUAAAGAAGAGACACCAUUAAUUCAACACAUGCUGACUAGCAAAUCAGAUAAUUACAUUCCACUUUCUGACCUGAAGACUUUUUCAACAGAUAAAAGUGAUAUCACAUCAAAUGAUUACUUAACCAAAAGAGUUAAAAUGCCUGGAGCUAUCAUUUGUUUUAAUGAUGAUGAGCAAAGUAAUACGACUGAUGCAACUGAUCUAAAUAGAGAACAAGCAACAGCUGAGAAAGUUAGACUCCCAGAGCAGGCAACAGCUGUAGGCGUUAGCCUUCCAGACCAAGCAACACCUGACGUAGGUAGACUGCCAGAAGAUCUUCUAGAUCUGGAUCCAAUGAGAAUGGAUUUGGAUGCUGAUUUUCCUAGUUACAUGGGUGCAAUUAGUGAAGAAGGCAUUGCUCAAAAUAGGGAUCCAAUGUGGCCACCUUUAAAUCAAGACUCAAAUCUUUAUCAGCCUGAAAAUUUUACCUACUUUAAUGACUAUAUAAUGAAAGAUGCUUAGAUUGAGAGGAAACUCAGGCAAGCCUGUUUAAUGUAAAAACCUACAUUUUAAAUCUCUAAUUUUAAUUUGUUUGGAUUGUAAAUUUGUAUUUUUUGACUGGCUCGUAGAUAAUUUAUACUUUGAUCUAAUUUAUCUCAUCAUCAUAUCAUUCCUGUGGACCCCUUGUGAAGCAUAGGGACACACCCACACUUCUCCAUCAAAGGGACACAACCACACCUCUCCACCAAAGGGACACAACCACACCUCUCCACCAAAGGGACACAACCUCACCUCUCCAUCAAAGGGACACACCCACACCUCUCCAUCUUACUCUGACAUUCCAGCUGCUUUUGUUUUACUGGCAACUUAUCUUUCCCUGGGGAUUCCAAUCUAGUACCUGUCGUGGGUUGUAUCAAGGUGCGUCCAAUCAUCCCCAUUUGCUCUUUUGUAUUUCUUUGCCAAUUGAGUUUUGCCCAGUUUCCUGGUCAUGCAGUUUCCUCAGCUUCUUCUGUCAUUUUGAGGAGGAAGUGUUUCUUGUCAAUUCUUCCACUCUUCUUUACAUUGCCAUUAGCCUCCCAAUACAAAGUUCUGAGGAAUACCUUUUACUAUUUGAUCUGAUUGACUGAUAUUUAGACAUAUAGGCCUGUAUUCGCUGUAUGUUUGUAUUUGCUGCUGAUAGUGAGAGAAACACAAAUCUUGCUUUCUUGUUUUACUGAGUCAGAACAAAACAAAUUGUUUCAAAUAACAGUUGUACUUCUGUUGUUGAAUGAUUAUGACAAAUAUAUUAUGUAUAAAUCCAUGCUGUUGCCAUAUCCUAUUACCAACCUAUGCUGCGUUAGUUUUCAUUAGCUGAACACUAUAGUCUGUGACGCUUCCAUGACAUUUGUUCCCUUGAUGAUAAGUUACACUUUCAAGCCUGAAGGUCCAUGGGGCAGUAGAGCUCACCUGUUUCUGUGAUCUAGACAUGAAAGUGUGGUCAGCUCUAUGCCACGUAGCCUUUACUUUCCCUAUUGUAAGGCAGGGACACAUCAGAGUUGGGUGGACUCCAGUCAGGGACCCAAACUCGCAACUUAUGGAGAGCAGUGAUAGGUGCUAAUAACUGACCACGCCAUUCCCUUUAUGCUAAUUUUCAUGACAUUUGUUAUAUUGUAGAUUUGUGUUACACCUAAAAGGACCUGAAUAUUUAGCUUACACUGACAUAGUUAAGAGGACUCAUUAGUAGAGGUUAAAGUGUGUUCAGUGAAGUGAAAACAGCAGGAUUUAAGAGCCUCGUCUGUGUUAAUUGUAAAUAUAGAUGAAUAUUCAAGAUUUCUUAAAUAAAAUAGUGUAUACCACA